GCCUUUAAACACUUUCAGAGAAGAAGGCGAAGACAAAUCACGUGCUCGUACGUCUGACGCUGUGGACUCUUAAAUCGGAUAAAAUAUCUUAACCAUAGACUCAUCAUUAUGCUUCCAUUGUCUCUGCUGAAGACUGCCCAGAACCAUCCAAUGCUGGUGGAGCUGAAAAAUGGCGAGACGUACAACGGCCACCUGGUCAGCUGUGAUAACUGGAUGAACAUCAACUUAAGAGAAGUCAUUUGCACCUCUCGGGAUGGUGACAAGUUCUGGCGCAUGCCCGAGUGCUACAUCCGAGGAAGCACCAUCAAGUAUCUGCGAAUCCCGGAUGAAAUCAUCGAUAUGGUGAAAGAGGAGGUGGUGUCGAAGGGUCGUGGGCGGGGAGGUGCCCAGCAGAACAAACAGCAGGGCAAAGGAAGAGGAGGAGUGGGUCGAGGUUUGUUUGGCGGUCGAGGCAGAGGAAUGAGCGGCCCUGGACGAGGUCAGCAGCAGACGGAUAAGAAAGCAGGCAAACCACAAGGGAUGAAGAACCAACACUGACAUGAUGCAUCAUCAGCAAAGCACACAAGCCUCUUCCUCACCACGCCAAUAUAAAACCAACACUCAAAUGGUCAAGCUGAAACAUGAUGCCUGGAGUUACUUUUUUUUUCUACUGCCAGAAAGAUGUGAUUUACUUUUUUUAAAUUCCAUUUUAUUUUAUUGUAUCCUUAACUCAGUAUAUCACUCGCAACUGGCAGAAUGCUUAUUGUUAAAAUGUAGUGACAAUGUGUUUAGUUUCUUUAUACAGUACACAUAACAGUUUUCUGUCAUGUGAUGCACUGGAUUAAACAUUUUAUUUCUAGUUUUGUUAUCAGCUUCUCUUUUCGAGUGUAGUUUUCCAGCACAAAGUCGCAACUUCAUUUGCAUGCAUAUUCUCUUUUUCCCCUCUCAAUUUUGCUCUUUAGUUUCUCCUUUCUGCUAAUACCACAUUCUGUGUUUACCACCGUUUUCAUUGAUUUGCUGUGUUAUCCUGUUACCGGAGUUUCACAACAGGUGGAGCAGUUGCCUAGCUGCCCUCGGCCAUGAAAAACUUCAGUUCAAGCACUUGGGUGAAGAUUUGUGAUGGGAGGGGAAAAAUGUAGUUGCUUCAAUGGUUGUUAUUUCUUUUAUUUGUCACUCGAAAAGAAGUGUAAUGUAUGAACAUGCAAAUAAAAGCGGUUUUGUUUA